AUGGUAAGAGUAAUAUCUCUUUCAUUAAUAAUAAUCGUUGCUUUUAAGACAACAUACGAAGCAGUUUUCAAAUUAUAGCCAAAUUACCCUAUAGAAAUAUUUAAAAUAAAGCCAAACUCCAUAGAAAUAUAUAAUACAUAUUUUGGUAUCUGGUGGAAAUAUCUUCCAUUAAGUAAUACUACUUAAAUUGGAAAUAUUGGACUUCUAGAUAGUAAUUGCUUUCAUUUUCUACAUGCAAAAGAAUCAAUAACAGAAAGGAUAAACUUUUUAUAUUAUUUGUGUCUUGAUUAUGAGAUAAAAACAGUAUAUACAUACUUAUAAUUUAUUGACAACACCGGUUUAGAUCAUUUUUAUAAAAUACAAAUUAAUGAAGAAUUAUUAGAGUCAAUAUGGCAGUAUAUUGGAUUUUGUUUGAUUCCAUCUGAAAAUAGAUUCACUAUUUUUUACAAAUUCUCAGGAUAACUGACAAAAUCAUUUGAAGUAUUGAUUAAAUUCCCAUUUUAUGAUGUUUCAUUAAAUUUAAUUUAUGGAGGUGGUUUAAAAGUAAAUGAUAACCAAAAACUUCAGACAUCAUUAAAUAAAAAAUUAGCAUAUUUUCCAGGAGAAAUUUUGAGAGAUGAGUAUGUUUCUGCAAUUAAUAUUUGUAAAUUAUCAAAUUCUCAGAUGCCAAUUAAUAAUAUUAAUGGAUGUUUAUGUUCAGAAAAUAAUAAUUCUACAAUAGUUGAUUCAAUAAUUGAAAAAGAAUAACAAUUUUUUUUUAUUUCUGAAUAUUCAAAUUGUGAUGGAUUUUUUUUAUCAGGUUGGAUUAAAAUUGAUGAAACUCUAAUUUUUGAGAAUGAAUUUUAUUAUAAAUUAAUUAAACUAUCUGGAAAUUUUAUUCAAUAAUAAUUAAUAGAUGAUAAUUUGUCGGCUUUCACAUUAACUUAUAAAAUAGGUUAGAAUGGAAACUAGAUUAUUGUUACUACUUAUAGUUAUAUAUUCCCCUUAGUAAACAUUGAUUUUUCAAAAGAUCCUAAUUUAAUUAAACAUAUUUUUGACGUUAAUACUGAUAUAAAACGAUGGCAUUAUUUGAUAGCUUGGAAAUAAGAGUCAACUAUUUAUUUUUCAAUAACAUUUUAUGAUAAAUUUAAUAUAGAGAAACUAGAGUUCAACUAAUAGGUGAAACAAUUUGGUUCUAUCAAAUUUUAAUUACAUAUAGGAAAUAUUUUAUAAUCUUCUCAAUAAUAUUUAAAAAUUAAUUUAAUAGGUUUCCAAUUUUUUAAUUGCCCAUAAAUAUUUGAUUAAAUACAAAACUGCCAUCCUACUUGCAAGGAAUGUGAUGGUCCAACUUAAUAUGACUGUUUAUCUUGUUUUGAAUCUUCAAAUAGAAUUUAUGUUCCAAAUUUUAACUAAUGUAUCUGUAAAUAUGGAACAAUGGAUUAAGAUAAUUUCUGCAUUAAUCAUAAAAGCAUCAACUUAAUUAUACUUCCUGAUGAAGGGACUAAUAAUAAAUGUAAAUAUGGUUAUUAUGAAAAAGAUGGUACUUGUUAAAGAUGGUAUAAUUUUAUUAUUAUUAUUAUUUCUCUAGUCCCUCUACCAUAAGUGAUAAUGUCAUUACAUGUCUUGAAUGUCUAUAUAAUACUAAUGAUUGGAUAAAUAAUCUCAUUUGUAAAACAUCAUUAUAAACAGAUAAUGAAGGAAAUAUAUAUGAAAAACAAGAAAUAUCUAUAAAUUUUAAUUUUCCUGCACCUGAUGAAUCAUAAUUAGAUAUUUGUCUUUUUGGUUGUGAUAGUCAAGAAAUAGAAAUAACACCAAUUCCAUCUGACCUAAUUAUUCCUCAUUUUAUUUGCAGUGAGCCAGACUUUAUCAAUUUUGAAUAAAAAUGUACUUCUUGUCCUAUAAAAUAAUGUUUAUAUUGCUUUAGUUAUUUUGCAACUGAUUUAUCAAAAACAACUCUAGAUUAUAAUUUUAAUUAUUCGACUAUUGGUGAAGAAAUUAAAAUAGGAUGCGCUUAAUGUUUAAAUGGUUUUAUUUAUAGCUUUGAAUUAGAAUAAUGCAUUUUUAAGAAUCCUUCAAAUCCAAAUUGUCUCAGAUCUUAUGUUUAAUAAGAUGGAUAAGAAAUUUGUACUCUAUCUGCAAUAGAUGAUUUUAGCAUAGCUCCAGCAAUUAUAAAUUGUUAACAACGAAUUUUAAAUUGCAAACAAUGUUUUUAAACACCAGAGUUGAUAUUAAAAUGUUAGAUUUGUGAAGAUGGUUAUGCUGCAUUAUCAAGUACAGGGAUUUGCUCUGUAUGUAACAAAUUAAAUACAAAAAGUUGCCUUGAAUUAAAUGCGAAAGAAAAAGAACCUUGGAAAUGGUAUAUUCAGGAUUUCAGAAUUAAAUUCCUUCAUCUUAAAAAUUUUGAUAAAACUUAUGUAGUAAGGUAUGCUAUAUUUUCAAUGGAAUGUAAAGAUGGAUAUCAAGUAAUUGAUUAAAAUUGCUACAAAUAUUGUGACGAUAAUUGUUAAAUAUGCAAGAAAAUUUUUUAUUUUGGGUGGUAUUUUUCCUGUUAAAAAUGUGAUACCAACUACUACAAAAUACCUAAUAGAGUUCAAAUUGAUGGUAAGUGUAUUGAAUGUCCUCCCUUAUGUUAAAUUUGUGAAUAAAGAUCAAUAGAAGAAAUUAAGGUAUAAUAUAAUUUAUUAAAAUAGUAAAUUAAUCCAUAUUUUAUUUUAACUCCUGAAAAUACUAUUUACUCUUAUAAGUGUUUAAAAAAGAAUCCUUUACCACGAGCUACAAUUGAUUAAUACUCAUAAUUUGCAUACUUUUGUUUUAAUGAUGAUUGCAAUUAACUCUUUGAGUACUAGGUAUUUGUUAUUUAGAAUUUAGGUUAAUAAAUCAUGUGAGGGGUAGUCUUCAGUCUAUAAUUUCAAUGAUAUAAAGCAUUAUUAAUACUUUAAUAGUAUUGGUCUAAAAGAGAUUACCUUAAUCUUGCCUUUUAAUCUUAUUUGUCCUAUUAAGAAAUAGGAAAAUUUUUAGAUUGUAAAUUAUUUUAAAGAAAAAGUGUUUUCUAUGUAAUUAGUUAAAUUGAGAAUUGAGGCAGAGUUUCAAUCUCUUAUUUAUGACACUUAACUUAAGAUUUUAUAUUUUGAUACAAUUUUAAUUAAAAAAGUGAAAUUUCUUCUUUAAAAACUAUUUGAAUUGAUAAUUGAUAACAGAGUUUAAUCUAUUAAUUUAAUGAUUACAGACACUAGCUUUUAUUCAAAUCAAUCAACACCAAUAAAAUUAUAAAUCUAUGGAGGGAAUUUUUUUAAUUUUUAGUUAUCUAAUAUUCAUAUUUUUGAUAUGAACAUUCAAAAUUCUAUAAUUUUUUAGAUUACAAGUUAAGAUUUAGGAGAAAGUAUUAAGAUAAAUAAUUUGCAAAUUUCAAAUUGUAAAUUAAAUAAUACUACUUUGUUGUUUUUUUCAAAUUUGAGUAGGAAAAUUAUUAUUGAUAAUCUUAUAAUUAAGUCUUGUUAAUUUUAUACUUCAUAAGUUAUCUAAUCAAAUAUUAGCUUAAAUAAUUUUGCAUAUAUUACUAUCAAUAAUAUCGAUAUUCAGAACUCUUCUUUUUUAGAGUCAAGUUUUAUAUAUAGUUAUGGAAAUUCUGAUAUAAAAAUAACAAAAUUUUAACUUAUUAAUUGUUAAAUUAGUGCUUCAAGAUUUAUUUCUUUUAGUAAGAACUUUUACUUUAGUGAUAUUUUAUUGGAGGAUAAUCUGAUUUAAGAAACUUAAUUGUUAAUUUAAUUAUAAUCAAAUGAAAGAAAUUCUAAAAUUGGAAUUGAAAAUUUUAUGAUUUUAAAGAAUAAAAUUAUAAACUCUGCAGUUGUCAUUACUGGAUAAAGUUUAGAGUAAAAUGAAGUUUAUUUUUAAUUUUAGAAUUUUAAAUUUGAAGAUAACAUACAAGAUUCUUAAGAAAAUUACAAAUAUCUUUUUUAAAUUAACUGUUAUAACAUUUUAAUUAAAGAUUUCAUUUUAAAAAGUACUAUUAAUUUUAAAUUUUUUUCUUUAAUCUCCACACCUUAUAUUACAUUUGAAAAUAUUAUUUAUGAAAACUAAUUUUAAAAGGAAAAAGUUGCUUUUAAAUUUGAUUGCUACCAAAGCAGUGCAAUAAAAUCAUAAUUAUUAUCAGUUUAAGGGUUUUAGAGAAUUAAUUUGGAAUAAAUAAAAAUAUUAAAUUAAUUCAGUAUAGAUUUAUCAAUUAUUUCAAUACAAUCUAAUUCUAAAAUUAUUUUAAAUACGAUUGAAUAUGUAAUCAUACGUAAUAUAUCUUUUAUUGGAAAUAUACUUCUUAAAUAAAAUUAAACUAUGUAUUUUUCAUUAAUUGAUAUCUAUUCUGAAAUAACUGAAAUUAUUACUUUAGAAAAUAUCAUCUAUUAAUAUAAUAUUUUUCACUAAUACUAAAUUGAUCCAUCUUAAAAUUCUGCUAGUCUAAUGUAGAUUAAUGCAGGCUAAAGUAAUUUAUCACUGAAAAAUAUCAUUAGUUCUCACAAUGUCUUAACCAACUCUUCAAUUACUUUUAUCUCUAUUUCUAUACAUGAACUGUAUAUAUAAGACUUUUAAAUAAUAAAUCAUAAUUACUUAGAUGCUGACUUAUGGAAUUAAUAUUAUUAUCUAUAAAUUUAAAGUGAACUGACAUAGAGCCAAAUUAUUUCUAUAAUCAAUAAUACAUUUAAAAUAGAAUCAAUAAGUGGAGUUCUAUCAAUUAAAACAUCAAAAUUGAAUUUUAUUAAUGGGUUUUUCAGUAAUAUAAUUGCAUCAAGUAGUUUAAUUUUCAAUAUUAAUCUAUAAGGUGAUGGAAUUGUUAUUAUAAAAAAUUGCUAUAUUGAAAAUGCUUAAAGUUAAUUGAUUUCAACAUCUUAAGUUGAUGGAGCAAUUACUAUUGAUGCUAAAAAAAGCCUAUUAUCACUUGAAAUUGAAAAUUUAAACUUAAAAUACAUAUAAAAUAGAAUAUCAUCAUCUAUAUUUUCAAUCUAUCCAUCAUCUAUAAAGAAUAACAUUUAAUUAAAACAAAUUUAUGCUUAUAAUUGCUUUUCACUUUAUAAUCAAUUUAUAUCUUUAGAGUUCAAUUUUAAUAAUCCUCAAAAAAACCAAUUUUCAAUAUAUAAUUUACAUAUAAUUUAAUCAGAAAAUGAAUUUAUAAAUUAUUUAUAAUCUUUAGGAAAAGUAAGCAUUUUGGAAAUCUAAAAUAUUUUAGAAAAUAAUGCAAUAAUACAUUUAACUGGAGGAUAGUUUUCUCUUAAGGGAAUCAUAAUUGAAGGAUUAGUAUUAUCUUCAAUUAUCAAAAUAAUUGAUUAUCAAUAAAUCAAAAUUACGGAUUCUUAAUUUUUUAAUGUAUCAACAUUUUAUCCAUUGCAUUUACUAGAAUUUUCUUAGAUUAAUGAACUUUAAUCAAUUCUAAUAAUGAAUAACAUUUCAAUAAGAAAUGUAAAUUCAUUUUAGGUCAAUAAAUACCAAUUAAAUUACUCUUAUAAUAAUCUAAAUAUAAGAUAUAUCAAUUAGUGUGCCUUAAUAAGUGAAUUUGUAAAAGUUAUAAAUGAAGGAUUGGAGUCAACCAAUAAUUUUUUUGAUCAGAUCUAGCAGAACUCUUAACAAAAGGGUUCUUUGAUUUAUUUCAGGAGCAUAACAAACUAAACUAAAAUGAUGAUAAGAAAAAUUUUAAUUGAAAAUAAUGACUGUUAAAAUUGUUGGAAUGGUUUAAUGUCUUUUGAUUUGGCAGAAAUAAAAUUUAUUAAAAUUAAUGAAAUUUCAUGUAUAAGGAACUUCAUUAAAAGACAUGGAUGUAUUCUAGCAAUAUCAGAAAAAAAUUUAGAUAGAGAAAUUAAAAUUAAAAAUUUAAACUUUAUUUCAAAUAAUGGAACUAAAGGAACAGGAGUUUAAGUUUAAAAUUUAAGAAUUUCUAUGCAAAAUUCUAGAAUAAUUAAUAAUUUUGCAUUUGACAGAGGAGGAGGAAUUUAUUUUAACCUAAAUUCUAAUAGAUUUUUACUAAAUUAAACCAUAAUUUGCUAGAAUUCAGCUUAAGAAGGAGGUGGCAUAUUUCUGUAGGGAAAUAGCAGUUUAAAUCAAGAAAAUUUUCUUAAAUCACUUAAUUUAUAUAAUUCUGCUACUUUAUCUUCAAAUAAUAUAAAUGAGUUACCUUCCCAUUUAGGCUUAUAGAUUAAUUAUUAAGAAAUGCAUUCUAUUGAAUAGAAAAUUGAUAAUUAAUCAAUUUAUACUCUAGUACUAAACCCUUACAAUAUUUUAUCUUAGAAUAAAAUUCAAAGAACAAAUUAUUUAACUCUACCAAGUGGUUAAGAUUUAUCUAAUUUUCAACUAUUUAAUCCUAAAAUUUUAAAAUAUAUCUCAUUCUUAAAAGAAAUUUCUAUAAUAUUUAAAAAUAGUAUGAAUGAAAAAUAAUAAAACUUUCUUAAUUCAACAUGUAAUGUAACUUAAAAUGUAUUUGAUAUUUAAUCACAGUAAAUAUUAAAAACUAAUCAAUUGCAAAGUAUAUCCUUUAGUGCUGAAACAAAUAGUUUUAAUUUAAAUCAAAUAUAGUUUAAUUUUGACCCCUAUUCAUAGAAUGAUAAAAUAUUGGAAUUAAUGAUUGGCUGCAAAACAGAAUACUUAGAAAAAAUCUUCUUUUAUAAAAUGAGAGUCAACAUUUUCUUAUGUUAAUUAGGAGAAUUUUAUAUACAGGAUAUUUGUUUAAAAUGUUAAUCAGAUUAAGGAUUUUAUUCUGUAACCUAUAAUGCUACAAAAUGCUCUAUUUUUGAUAAAAAUAAAUUUGAAGCCAUUACUUCUAAUUUAAUUUAACUCAAACCUGGUUACUGGAGACCUAAUUAUAUAUCUGAUAAUAUUGAACUCUGCUAUAAAAACACUAAUUAAUGUUUGGGUGGCUGGUCUGUAGGUGAUGAAACUUGCAAUAUAGAAUAUAUCGGAGGUUUGUGUGAAGAGUGCGAUAAAUUUAAUAUUAAAGGAAAUGGACAAUUCUUUAAGAACUAAUAGUAAUUCGUUUGUUCAGAAUGCUAAGAGCUUUCAAAAAGGUUAUUUGCUUUCUUAUUAUUAUCAAUUUGGUAGGAAUAUUUAAUAAUUUUAGGGUUAUGUUAUCAACUUUUUUAACUAUAAAAAGUGUUGAAAAAUCAAAUUUUUUAAUUACAUAGUUGAAAUUAGGAUAAAAAUUUGCUGAUAUCUUAUUUAACUUAAGCCAAGGUAAAAUAAAAUAUUUAUUUAGAUCAUGUAAGUAUUUUACUUAAACUAUAUUUAAACUAUUUAUGGAUAUUUUCUCUGAUCUUAUCAUUUAACAUUAAUUUUUCAUUUUCUUUUAGUUUCAUUAAAUAAUCUACUGACACCUCAUUUUUUAUGGCUAAUUUUUUUGAUUGCUUUUUAUCUGAAAUUGAGGGAAUUGAACUGAUAUACAGUAGAAUUAUAGUGACCUUCUGUUUACUAUUUUGUCAAAUAAUAAUUAUCUAAACUGGAUCUUUACUAUUAUAAUGUUUAAUCUCAUAUAAACAUAGAAGCAGAAUUAUUUCCAUUACUGUUCUAAAUUUAUAUAUUUAGAAUUACGCAUCUAUGAUUACUUAGUAAAUUUAAUAUUUAAAAUUAGAUUCUUUUCAAUUUUAGCAGUUAGGGUGAUUUCUUAAGUUAGUUAUAUAUAAGGUGAUGUAUCAUUACUAUAUGGAACAAAUACUCAUUAUAAAUGGAUAUUUAGAUUUAUCUUACCUGUAUUAACAUUAAUAGGAUUGAUAUUACCUUUAUCAUUAUUUAUUUUCCUUUAUUCCAAAAAGUAACAGCUUAAUUGUUUAAAGUAUAAAAGACAUUUUGGCCAUUUAUUUAAUGAAUAUACUUAAAACAACUAUUUUUGGGAAUGGAUAAGAUUGUGGAAUAAAACAAUUAUAAUCAUAAUACUUAUAAAUUUUGAAACUCAAAUAUUAUUGAAAGCUUCAUUAUUAGGAUUUUGCUUAUAAAUUUACUAAUUUUUUACUGAAAAAUUUAAGCCUUACCUACUCAAUAGAUUUAAUUCACUAGAUCUAAAAACUACUUAGCUUUGUUCCUGUUCAAUAUUUUUAGCAGCUAUAAAAUACACAUGUGAUUAAUCAUAUAAUUAUUCGAUUUCAGCUAUCCUUUAAAUGAUAAUAUUAUUAAUCAGCUUAAAAUUGAGUUAUCCUUUUGUUAGCGUUAUUUUACAUGCUUAUUAUAAAAGGUUUAAGCCAAAUAUUUUAGAACUUUUAAUUGCUAUUAUAUAUUCCUAUCGAAAAAAUUCAAAAAGUAUAAAAUAUUUAAGACAAAAACUUAUUUAAAUAAGAUAACAAGAAAAUAAUAUUAGAUAAAAUUUUCUUAGAUUAAGAUUAGCAGUUAAAAAACAAAAGUCACAUGGAAAUAAAAAGUAAAUUUUUUAUCGUAUUUUAGUUCAAAUAUAAAAAUUCAUAGUAAUAAAUCAAAAAAUUCUGUUGCAAUUGAUAUUAAGUCAAAAUUUGAAAAGUAAAUUUGA